AUGAUAGCACUCCAGUUGGUGGGUGGGCAGCCACAGGUGAUGCUGGAAGGUGCAAGAGGACCAAUGAAGCUACAGGUGAAUACCACACUGAGCACCGGAACUUGGCACACCCUACACCUGCAUCUCAAUCCGCAGCUAGUUGACUUGGGUGAGCCAGCAUACAGCAAUGGGAGUGUAAAAGGCUGUAGACCCCAAGAGAUGGCCUGUCAAAAUAGAUUGGCUUCCUGUAGUCUACGUGGACAUUGCGUUAAUGGUGUUCGUGACCCGAAAUGUGACUGUAAGGCAGGAUGGACAGGGCCAAGGUGUACCACACCGACUGUACCAGUUACAUUUGGCCAAGCCUCAUACGUAAAGAUAGCACUACACUUCACACCAGAUCCAUUUGAUGUAUCACUGCAAUUUCGAAUAAGAACACGAGGUCGUACUGAUGGUCUUCUGUUGCAGCUGACUGCCAUUCAACAAUCAAAUGCCUUAAGAAUACGUUUGAGAGGUGGUAUAGCAUGUGCUUCAGUGUCUGGUGGAGUAGAGUGGGUACUACAGGAGGUGUGUUUAGAAAGCUUCCCAUUGGGUGAUGGUUCUUGGCACACUAUACGAGUAGGACGCCAUGGACAUAACCUAGUUAUAUCAGUGGACGAUGGCAAUGGAUGGAGACAAAAUGAGACGCUAACGUCUCUCCUCACGACCACUGUCCAUGGAGAGAUGAAGGCUGUAGUUGACAACCCCCCCAGACCUCUCACAGUUGAUACGAAGUAUGGAACAAUUGUGGGAGGCAUCCCAGAAUUUGUGAACCGUAGCUUGUUGACAGUCCAUGAUGACCUGCAUACCAAUAAUUUCUGCUCCCUACAGCUGAAAACAGGUACGGAGUCUACCAAAGGUUUGAAAUACACAUCUGAUUCAAUGAUGUAUCUCUUUAUCGAUGUUCGCGGCGGUGGACAGGUGGGAGCCAAGAUUCUCAAAGUGGAUAACAUUAGACAGGGCAUUAGCAAGGAAAAUGCACGGUAUGUGUCGAAGAUCUUUGAUGAUGUGACACCUCCAUUUGAAGAACUGUUUGAAGAGAAUAUAAUUUCAGAAGAAUGCUUCGCUACAAUCGAGUGA